AUGAGAGGAGGUUCCGCGAACAAUAUCUAUGUCAUACCUGCACCACAUACCCUCACAUUCGGCACCGCGACUCUACUCGCUGCAGCAUGCUGUGUACACGCCGUUUUAUGUCUCGUUUCUAUGUGGGAUAGAGUGCUUGAGAUCAAUUGGCGCCGAAGAUUCGGAAAGCCGACCGACGACGCGGCAAGUGAAGAUGAUGAUGGCGCUAAUAAAGGUGUUAUGAAGAAGGUCAAUGAUACCAUUGGUUUUUUCCUACGCAUCCUAGCGAUUCCCGUUUUUGGUGGCGCUGGCUUGGCUAUUCUUAUCGUGGGCGAGAUUAACUUUUUCAGCCCUCAAGUCAAUUACCAGACUGAGCCAAUGGCCAAUAUCGUAUUCGAAUGUCUUUGA